UUCACUCUUGCGGAUAAUAAAAUGUCCUUUGGUCUGGUGCUAAAAUGACGGAUGCUGUUGAGGAGUGGUGCUGUUGAGGGAAGAGACGGCUGGUGACGGCUAAGCCGUGCCGUGCCAGUAUCCAUCCCUGUAAGCCACUGUGGCCAUGUUAUUGAUGCGCGUUGAAGGUGAAACGACUGAUGGGAGCAUUCCGGCAUUUACCUCUGGAGGAAUGGGGGAUAUCGAGAGGUGUAAAGGAGCUAAGGUGCUAAAAGCGGAGAAGGGUCGAGUGAUCCUUCCUAUUUCUGUGGAAGAGUACCAGGUUGGCCAGCUGUACUCUGUGGCUGAGGCCAGUAAGAAUGAGACAGGUGGAGGAGAAGGAGUGGAGGUGCUGAAAAAUGAGCCCUAUGAAAAAGAUGGAGAGAAGGGACAGUACACACACAAAAUUUACCAUUUGCAGAGUAAAGUGCCGUCAUUCGUCAGAAUGUUGGCUCCAGCUUCAGCUCUCAACAUCCACGAGAAAGCCUGGAACGCGUACCCAUACUGUCGCACAGUUAUCACUAAUGAGUAUAUGAAAGAUAACUUCCUGAUCAAGAUCGAGACAUGGCACAAACCUGACACGGGAAACCUUGAAAAUGUACACGGCUUGGAUGCAGAAACCUGGAAGAAGGUGGAUGUAGUCUAUAUUGAUAUUGCAGAUAGAAGCCAAGUGGAGCCGAAGGACUACAAGCCAGAGGAGGAUCCUUGCAGGUACAAGUCAGUCAAGACAGGACGAGGUCCUCUAGGACCAGACUGGAAGAAGGAACUUCUUAACAAGAAAGAUUGCCCACACAUGUGUGCCUACAAACUGGUCACCGUCAAAUUCAAGUGGUGGGGCCUGCAGAAUAAAGUGGAGAACUUCAUUCAAAAGCAAGAGAAGCGCUUGUUCACUAAUUUCCACCGUCAGCUGUUCUGCUGGAUCGACAAGUGGAUUGACUUGAACAUGGAAGACAUCCGUCGCAUGGAGGAGGAGACACGCAAGGAGCUAGAUGAGAUGAGAGUGAAGGACCCAGUGAAAGGGAUGGUGGCUCUAGAGGACUGAGGUUGUGUUGGACCGUGAAUGCUGCUGCUCAUCAGACAAGAAGAGUACCCAGACACCAGCGGAUUCACAUCCUCCUUCUAUUCCAACUGACACAAUGUCUGACCGGUCGGUUCAACCCCCACCCCUCCCCAGUACAGUCUGGUUUUCAGGGACCUGGACCCAGUAAACUCCCAAUUUUCAGCUGAUCUCCUCUGCCACAUCUGUCUUCCCUUGAGUCCCAAUCAUUUCUAUUUGUUUUUCCAUCCAGUGUUCCCAUCUCCCCAUCUGCUCUGAGGCCUCCAGUAGCAACACUAUAGACUUUGUCUGUCAGUCCUCUCAGUCUCUAAACCAUUCUAAACUACAGAGAAUAGUGUCAUUUAUCUCUGCAAUUUAGGAUUUAUUUCUAUUUAAGACAUCCCCAUGGUGUGUAUAUACAGUAUACCGUAUAUCGGGGAGCUGAAUAAUUGUAUUGAGAUAUAUAUAUAAAUAUAUAAAUAUAUAUAAACAGGGUUUUUAAAAUGAUUUUUCUGUAAGUUUGUGGAUGUUUAUUUUUUCCAGACCAAGCUGUAUCCUGUCAGUGUGUGUUGACUACUUUUUUUUUUUUCGAUUCGCCGUCAUACUUUCUUCUUCUCUCUUCUGUCAUGCUUUAUGCAGUGUUUCCUUUUGUUGUUUAAAUCAACUUGCAAGUCUGCAAACUACAGCUGUGUGGUCAGGAUUGUGCUGAGAGUGCUACGUUGUCUCGGCUAUACUCCUAACCUACUAGACAAGAAUUUUUUCCCCCAGUGUAUCCCUUAGUAUGUUAAGGCAUUCAUUGGCUUUUCUGCUGCUUCGUGAGUUUGUGUGUGCGUGCUUCUGUUUGUGUGUGUGUGUUUAGCGUUGUAAGGUUUCCUGACAUUUUUAUUUCACUCUGUCAUUUUGUGCUCUUUAAUUUCAUCAGGCGGUUCAAAGAGACUGCCUGAGAGAACACACACACAUACAUGCAGCCAGAGAUAGUAUACAAGGACAGAAGUCAAAUUUAUUACUCAGAAAAGGGAAAUGCACAGUAGACCAGCCAUAGGUGAGUCUGUCUCUCUUUUCAUCUUUUGUCCGAUGGUCUUUGUGUCUCCAGACUUCACAUCCUUUUAACUGCGAAACUUGUUGUCAUGGCAGUGAUUUUACCAUUGAUAUACAGCUCUUUCCACUGAUAGAUAGUGUUUCUUUGAAAGUGAAACUUAACAACUUAACGCAGUCUGCAUUAGUUCUUGCCCUGUCACCCAUCAUGUCACCUCCAGUGGAUAAAUGGUCUUAUCCAGCGAUAGCAAUAACUACCAUGACACGUUGGUCUCUCCUUUAUCAUUGCAAAUAUAUAUUACUCUACUGUUUGUUUCUGUCCUGAAAACAGUUUUAGCACAGCAGAGUCCGGGCUGAAGGUCGAGGAUGGUUAAUUUGUGGAUUAAUUAUUUAUUCAAUGCUGGUUUUAUCGUGGCUGUUUCUGGAUGAGGUGGGUUUUCUUCUGCUGGAAUCUGAAGCCUGUCAUUUUUAAUAGUGUGCUCACUGGGUAAAAAAAGGGAACAAGAAACGGCUACAGUGACGACAGCAGGCACUAACCUUCAUUCUUUUGUUGAUGACUGUUUGGCCUCCUUUGUCUUCAGUUACUUUUAUUACCCUUAAGUGCAUCCUGUGUUCGCUCUCCUUCCACAUCUUUUCACUCUGUGAAAACUUUAAAGAGCAAGCAACAGAUAUGAUAUAUAACAUCUGCACCAUCUGCAAUUAAUACAUUUGGAUCAUAUAAAAAAGAUGUCAUAGCUUUAAAACUGCCAUGAGAACAAGAAGAUAAUUAUAACUGUCCCUUCUGUCUAAGCACUGAACUUCCGGGGGUUUGAUUAAUUAAGGCUCAAGUAUUUUUGAAUAGAGGAUUUAAAAACAGACAUUUUGCACCAAUUAAUUAAUAUUAAUUGAUGUCAAAUUGGAUCAUUUUCAAAAGUUGAAUAUAGCAAUUCAGUUGUAUUUUUAAAAGUCUAAUAAUUAAAAAAUAUAUAUAUAAAAUCUAUAUUGUUACAAAAGCAUAAUAAUACACUCUUGAGUUGCAUCUGAUCUGAUUGAAUGUUAAACACUACAAAUAUCUAAUAAAGGGCUUUCCAUUGGCAAUCAUUAAAUAAAAACUGCAUUCUGUCCAGUUUUUAAUAAAAAGUCUGUAUUGGGCCAAUAUGUAUUUUUAUUUUUUUUAAUUAACAUUUUAAUGGCCUGACCUUUGUUGCAACUGUAGCUACAAGGACAGCUCGACUUGUGACUAGACAGAGCUAAGCAAUAUUAUAUUUAAAUCAUCAUAGCCCUGAGUUACUCAUAAAACUGGGGUGGAUUUUCUUUUUACAGUACAGCUUUGACACCAGUCUUCAGGGCCUGUUGAAUUAUGACUAGUCACAUGAUGAUAUCAGAGUAGUCAUUAUACUUUAAUGUGUUUUGUCUGAAGCCCAAGCACUGUAGCCAAUAAAUCCAAAUUUCUUUAAUUGGCCAUAAAGAUAGUAAGGCUUAAUAACAUUAGUGACUGCUCAGGGCAUUACUGGCAAGCAUAACAGGACAGACCUACUUUGUACCUACUAAAGUCACUCUUGUGACUCUUUUUAAUAUGUUUUUCAUGUAUUUCAUACAUCUGUUUGUCAGAUAAAAUUUCGAAACCCCCUGCAAGCUGUUGCCUCCUCUUUAAAGAAAACACGGCCCUUCCAUCCCUUCCACUUUUCUGUUCAUUAAGGAUCUUACUCACUGUCUGUGAUGGGGCUACCAACUGAAUCAUGGAGAUUUGUGGAUGUACUGUAUGUAUUGACUUUGUAAAUAGUAAAUAAAUUAAUGUAGAUGAACACAUAUAUAUAUAUAUAGACCAGACUGUCCUGCCAAACCUACAGCACACCACACUCUCUUGACACUGUCCUCUCGCUCCAUGGCUAAGUAUUCAGCAUCACAAAGACCACAGUGACCGAGUUGCUCUCACAAAGCUAUUAGAGUCAUAGUUGCUGAAAUUUAGUGCUGAUAAGAUAUUCUGAGGAAUACUAUCAGCUUUAGACAUUUUUUAAAAAAAAGCACUCUUACAUAUUGCUCUAGCAAAGCACUGAAGAGCUGAGUUGCUGUGUGGUUUGUAGUUGGAGGAAAAAAAAUAUUUAAAGCGCAGCAAAAAACUCAUUUCAAUAUUUCUCUCCUCACAGUCUUCCCUCACAGGGAGCACGUCUCAUUGGCAGGACAGUGUAUAGAUAUAUAUUUUUGUUCUGAGUGUUGUUGUACCUCUGUUGUCAGUCUCUAAACUACACUUGCAUCUCUCACUGAGAAGGAAUAUGUAACGGCAGCUUGGGUCAGUUCAUUGAUCCACACAAUUAGCUGAUAUUGUCGGCCCUGAGUGGAGCCUCAGUGCAAUUUAGAUUUGGUUAACAAUGAGGAUCGCGGGGAAAUUAUCCUGCAUUUAGGAGCAGCUUCAACUGAGCGCUGGAGGGGUUUGGCGUUUAUACUUACACACACACACAAUAAGCGAAGACAAAUUGGAUGUGGAUACUGACAGCAGGUCCAUUUUAAGAGCCUGAAGAUACAAACUUGCGAGAGAAUAUGGUUUAACAGAGACAAUCUCAUAGAUAUCUGCUGUUAGAUUCCUCAAUUUAUAAUCAGAAUAAGAAACCAAAUGAUUAAACAACCCCGAACUGUUUUUAAAUCCUCUCUCUCUUUCUCUCUCUUCUUUCUGGCUUUCUCUCUCUCUCUCUCUCUCUCUCUCUCUCUCACUCCUGUUAACUUGUCUCCUGUUUUUCUUUCUUUUAUCGUGAAUUUGUGCCUUUUUGUCAUCUUAUCUUCCAAUAACACUACUGUACAUUGGAGACAUAAAGAAAAGAAUAAAAGAAGUAAAGCGACUGUACAAAUGCUUUCAUGGACAUUUUGUUUCUUACUGUAGGAAUAUUUGAAAAUGUGUUCAGAAUUUACGGAAUUUA